AUGUUUUGCAUUUAUUUAGAACGAUUUCAUGAACUUGAUAAACGUUGUCGAGAUUUUGAAAAUGCAAAUAAUGAAUUAAAACAAUUGAAUAUUCAACUUGAAAAAGAUUUAUUAAGUGUUGGUGGUGUUACUGAAUUAUUUCGACGAGGACCUGAAGGACAAACAAGUGAUAGUAAUUCAAAUGAAACUAUAGUAAUUGAAGAUGUAUUAAAUCAAUCAUCUACAUCUCCAGCAUCAUUUAAGGGUUCAUUUUCACAUGUUUCAUUACGUGAUACAACAUCGGAUGAAGCAUAA